AUGGCCGGCGGAGCUGACCCGCUCGCAGCCCGCGGAGCCAUGAGCAGCAGCAGCGAGUGCCUCCUGCCUUACUACACGGCCCACAACUACCGGUCCAUGGGCGUCUUCAACACCUCCAUGGGCGACCUGCAGCGGCAGCUGUACCGAGGCGGGGAGUACGACAUCUUCAAGUACGCGCCCAUGUUCGAGAGCGACUUCAUCCAGAUCAGCAAGAAAGGGGAGGUGAUCGACGUGCACAACCGCGUGCGCAUGGUCACCGUGGGCAUCGCCUCCACCAGCCCCAUCCUCCCGCUGCCCGACGUCAUGCUGCUGGCCCGGCCCGCCAAGAUGUGCGACGACCACCUGCCCCGAGCCCACCCGCCCCGGCCCGCCAAGGGGAGGGGCCGCAAGUCCGUCAAGACCCUGGAGCUCACCCGGCUGCUGCCGCUGAAGUUCGUCAAGAUCUCCAUCCAUGACCGCCAGAAGCAGCAGCUGCGCCUCAAGCUGGCCACGGGUCGCACCUUCUACCUGCAGCUCUGCCCGUCCUCGGACGCCCGCGAGGACCUCUUCUGCUACUGGGAGAAGCUCGUCUACCUGCUCCGACCCCCCAUGGAGAGCUGCAGCAGCACCCCGACCCUGCAGACGGCGGACACGACCACGGAGGAGGACAAGUCCCUGCUGGUCUCGGAUCUGCAAGGAGAAGGUGACCAGCACGAGCUGAAACAUCACAGAACCCGGGAUGUCCGCGGCCUCUCCUCAUCGGGCUUCGCAGGGGGCGAGGGCAUCCAGCCCACCACGGUGGCGGCAGCGGCGGCGGGCGGCCCACCCUCGGCGUCUGUCUCCAGCCCCACUCCCAACACGGAGACCUCCUUGCCCGGGAGCCUGGCCUUCGUGGGGAGCACCAGCGGCGGCGGUGGGGGCAUGUCCCUGGCUACUAGCAGCAAGGCGGGCCAGAACAACCUGGCGGCGGCCGGCCUGUCCUCCUCAGGCCCCGGCGAGCCGAACGCCUUUCAGUCCAUCACGGGGGCCCUGGCGAUGUCCACCGAGACCACCAGCAUGGCCGUGGCCGCCAGAACCAGCAAACAGACUCAAGGGAAGACCUCGCGGAACAAGGGCAAGGCGGGGACCCCCGCCAAGGAGCCCCACAUCAAGGGAGACGCCACCGUGCCUGCCGCUGCCAUCACCACCAGUUCCCCGCCUGACACCACCUUGCCGCCCCUGGUGUCCACUCUGCAGAGCGAAGGGUACAUGAGCGAGCGGGAUGGAAGCCAGAAGACCCCCGUGUCCAGCACGGAGGACCCCAAGGAGAAGAGGGAGAAGAGGGAGAAGAGGGAGAAGAAGGAGAAGGAGAAGAAGGAGCGAAGUCCCUCCAGAAAGAGCCGGCCCCACCCGCCCAAGUCCAGAGAGGGUCACCACCGCUCGCGCUCGGACAAAGCCAAGCACAAGACCUCGUCGUCCCGCCGGGUGUCCCACAGGUCGUCCUCCCAUCGCUCCGCGUCCACCCGGGGCAGCCGGCGAGAAGGCAAGGACAGAGGGCAGGGGGUCAGUCGGAGGCGAGGGAGCUCCAGGAAGGGUCACCACCGGGGCUCCGUCAAGGAAUCGGGGUCCUCGCAGAAGGGGAGCAACAGCCAGUCCACCGAGGCCAGCUCCAGCACACUGAGCAAGAAGCCCAGCAAGAUCAGCUCUUUCUUCAAGAACUUCCGGGCCACCUCGGACCGGGCCGUGGACAUCAUGACCGAGACGGUGGAGAAGCACAAUAUAGAGGCCAAGCUGGAGCAGUCGGCCGAGGGUGAGGGGGUGGACAUCUCUAGCAUCAUGACCUCCGAGACCAGGGAGACCAUCAUCAUCGAAACCAAAUCCGCUUAG